AUGUCGUCUGCUAUCUACAACCGUUCCUUGACAACCAUCAAGACCGAGCUAGAGUUCCUUCAGGAGUCUGGCAUCAUUACCCAGAGGCUCUACGACCAUUUCAUCAAAACCUUGCCUGAUCGUUACAAAGUUGGCAUGUCUGCUGCUGACUAUGCAGACUAUGUUCCAGCUGGAAUCUCUGCAUUCUCACUCAAUGACAACACUAACAAUCCUACAUCUAACACUACUCCUAAUACGACAACUACCCCAAUACCUGAAAUCUAUACCUCAAAUUCUCCCUUAGAUUAUUGUGAAGCUCUUUAUGACUACUCACCACAGGAACCUUCUGAUAUUGAUUUGAAAGCAGGUGACAUCAUUCAAAUCUCUGACUUUGUUUCCAACGACUGGUGGAAGGGUAAAAACAUCACUAAGAACAAUGAUAAACUUGGUAUGUUCCCAUCAAACUACGUUAAAAGAAUACCUCCACCUGCACACCUACAACCCCAAAACCAGCAACAAUCUCGUUACCACCAACCUGAACCUCUUUCAAUUUCUGAAAAAUUCCCUGAUAACAGAACCAGCACUCAACAACAACCUCCCUCUUAUUCUUAUCCAUCUCCACCUUACCCCCCUGUUCAAGCCCAACCCCAGUCUCAACAACCAUACUAUCCUCAACAACAACCUCUUGCUCCUGUUGUCUAUGGUCAACCACAAAAUGGUGCAGUAGUUGUCGAUCAACAACAACAAGAACAGACUGAUAAACCUGUUCCUGAAUCUGUUAAAAAAUUCGGUUCCAAAUUAGGUAACGCUGCUAUUUUUGGUGCUGGUGCAACCAUAGGUAGCAAUCUUGUUAACUCGAUUUUUUAA